UAUUCAUAAAAUAUCAUAGUAGUUUUCUCUAUUAAACAAAAAUAACUCAAACAAAAUUGUAUUGCAGUAAUUUUAUGUGGCUAGUUGUACUACACUAAUCUUUAAUAUAGAGUCCAAAUUCUAGCCUUCUUACAGUGAUGGAUAAGGAAACCUCUUCAGUUUCUGGGAUAACAACCUGCAGAGCCAAGGGUCUGCCAUUGUGUGAGCCUAAGACAACCACAUUAAACGAGGAAAUAAAACCUUUUGUGAAAAUUGAACAACCAGCACCGGCGAAAACUAUUCUUUGUGAUUGUGCGUUAGAUGACGACUCAACAGCGUUGGAGUCUGAGGAUGAAAACAGUUUGAAAGAACCGUCGACCAUUGACGAUCAACUUCAAGUCGAGGAUAUCGAAGAGGAGUUAUCAAAACAGAAGCAGCGAGUUCAACUAAUCGAUAACAUUUACGACUUGAAUACACCCUAUUGCCCCAUUGGGGAUCCUUGUGUGGACAUGGAGAUUGAGAUCAAUAAGUACAAAGUGCACCCAGAGAUUCUUGAACUGCAGCGAAAUAAUCACAAGCUUCGACAGCAACUGCAGGAAAUGCAACAGUGUUGCACAGCAUCGGAUAUCAUUGUUAAAAGCCUACUGAAAAGUAUAAGUCGAGACAUGGAGACGGUUGCCCAACUGAAAAGUCGCUUUGGUAAAGUCGACUCCUUCAAGCGAAACUUGGAAUAUGAACGGAUGCUUUGCGGUCAGCGUUAUCGAUACUUAAUGCGAGAGAUGUACGACUGGGAUCAAUGUAAUUGGUAUAUUCAGAAUAAACUGAAGGAAGCAGAGAAAGAACACGUGAAACAUGUUGCUCGGAUCGAUUACAAGGAUCCGAAACAUGAAGCUAUCGAUAGGCUCAAUCAAGCGAAGCUGGACAUCAAAGAAGUGCACGAUGCCAUGUACAAAAGUACGGGGAGUCCAAGGAACAGAGAAAGCUCUGAGGUCUAUCCCCAAUUGGGCUCUGAAAUUUCCGCGUUUCUACAGCGCAACGAACAGCUCUUUAAGGAAUCGCAUUAAACCGAAAUCUGUUUGAAA